AUGGCUGACGUUGCAACUGAGUCUGCUCCAGCACCCGUGGAGACUCCUGCCGCCCCAGCUGAAACUGCUGCUCCUGCUGAAUCUAUGGAAACCGGUGAAGCUCCUCCACCUGCAGCUGCUCCCAACACUGCUGAGGAAAAUGCUCCUACUGCUCCGGCUCCAGCUCCAGCCGCUCCAGCUCCUGCACCAGCUGCACAACCCGCACCUGCUGCUGCCGCCGCUGCCCCAGCGGGUGGUACUGUUCUGGCACCACCCCGUGUUGCGCCUGCAAUCCCUACUCGACAGUAUCUCGACCAAACGGUAGUUCCUAUCUUGUUGCAGGCACUGGGAGCACUUGCGAAAGGAGCGACCGGAGAAUCCUAUCGACUUCUUGAUUAA